AUGACGUCUAGUUCAAGUUUAACAGUAACAAGAAGUUCUCCAUUAAAGCUGCUUGUGAUGCUUUGUUUCCUGUCAACCCUACUGUCCCUUGACAAGUUGUUUAAAUUGGGGAAGACUGAUAAUUAUACUUGUGUUCUUUGCAACUCUUGUGGAGAAUCAGUUAGCCAUCUCUUCUUUGAUUGUUCUUUUUCUAGUGCCAUUUGGAAGAAAGUUCUUACUGCUUGUGGUAUCAAUAGAAGCCCUUUAAGAUGGAGUAGGGAAAUUAGCUGGUUCUCCAGGAAAUAUGGAGGUAAAAAUGUCAGUAACAAAGUAAGGCGUAUUGCUUUUUGUUCCACUGUUUACAGCAAAUGGCAAGACAGGUUCAAGGUCGUUUUUGAGGGUAUAAGUCCUAGUCAUGAUAGUGUCUUUAACAAAGUUAGAUUUUCUAUCCUUUAUAAAUUCAAGUUUAGGGCUAUAGGAGCAAUUCCUGAGUGUUGA